AUGACCGGAGUUCGCGUGAUGGUUUAUGCUCCCAGACGAGCUCAUGGUAAAGGAGACGGAGACAAUACACAGGCAUGGAGAGAUGAGACAGAUGGUGAGGGAGAAACAAGGACAGAAUAUGAGGACACAAGGGACGCAGAGGACACAGUGCGGGGACUGGAUGGGAGGUUGCUCUGUGGGUCUCGCGUAAGCGUGGAGAUGUCCAACGGCGUGAGCCGGCGCUCGCGCUUUGGCCGCCCGCCGGCACGCCGCCCCUUUGACCCGACGGACCGCUGCUACCAGUGUGGCGAGCGCGGCCACUACGCCUACGACUGCCACCUGUACGGACGGCGCAAGCGAGGCGGCAGGAGCCACUCGCGCUCCCGCUCGCGCUCGCGCUCCCGUUCCCGCUCCCGCUCGCGAACUCGCUCGCGCUCCCACUCCCGAGGACGGCGCUACUCCCGCUCUCGCAGCCGGUCCCCGCGCAGGUCUCGCUCGCGCUCGUACGAGCGGAGGCGAAGCAGGUCUGGCUCGGAGCGGAGGCGCUCGCGCUCGUACUCCCCCCGGCGCCGCUCGCGCUCUGCCUCCCCUCGCCGCUCACGCUCGGGGUCCCUGCGGCGACGUUCGCGCUCCCCCUCUCCCGCCCCACGCUCCAGCCGCUCCAUGUCCCACCGCAGCGCCAGCGGCCGCAAGGACCUGGACUGAUUUCGCUGGCAAUGAGGAGGAGGAGGGAGAGAUACGAUCACAAAAGAUAACUGAGCAGCCCUGCCCACUGCCCGACAGCACAGCCACUACUGCGCUCGCACGUACACACGCACACACACGCGCUCGUCACCACCGCACGUAGCACCGCAACCAGUCUUUGCUCCUUUAAUUUCCCCAACUCCUCUUGCCGCAUUUGACCACCGCACAGCUGCAGAGGGUCCGUGAUAAGGCCUCGGUAACAGGACAGCCCCGCCUGGGUCUCUUCUAUCCCUCUUUUUUUUUCCACCGCACGACCGAACUGUGCCAGGGCCGUGCUCGUGGUUUUUUUUCAACUGCCAGGACCAGAGCCGCGCUGCUGACAGUCGCCCGUGUCCCCUCCCGCAGGUGCGCCCACUUUUGCAACGUACAAUGAAAAUGGUCUCCUCUGUGUCCUCAACCCACCGAGACAGAUUUAAUUGAGUUUCAUGCUUUGGUUUCAUGGCUCUGUUUGGCAAAUAGCCAGUGGAAAUGUACCCGUCAUCCUGGGGGCCAGUGGAAAAGAGAGGUAUCAGGAGAGAAGUCCUUAAUAGUCAUGUUUGACCAAUUCCCUUAUUCAUGGGCACGUAACGAUUCGGAGCAUACUCAGCAUGUUGGCGAUCUUGGUCGUGGCGAUAUAUAAUGUGGCGGGGGGUGGGGCGGUCACGAUUCUGGUUCAAGGAUUGUUUUCUCGCUGUCUUAUACCGUUUCGGUUAUUAUUGCCAGCCUUGUCCUGGCUUUUGCUGGUCCUCUGCUAGCUGAUAUCCACGUGGGCAAAUUGUAUAGACUGUACAUAAUCGGUUCAGGGGCGUGCGUCCGAGCAUGAUAAUUGAUUUUUAUCCACUAUUCGUUACACGCCUACAUGUUAAGUUUUGUUUUAACGUGGGAGGGGAAGCUCCGUGCCCGGAGAGAGAUAAUUAUUUCUCCCGACUGCCCAACACGCGACCGUUUGAAUCCGCCGAUGAGGGAUUGCCAAACAUCCCCAGGGUGCGACGGCGAACAUCUGGGGUCCAUCUCAUUGCUUGCAGGGGCUCCCCCACCCUGUUGUGGAAUUCGAUUCCCCGUCAGAUAAUUGACCGCCUGACCGUCCGAAGGUAAAAAAAAAAAAUUAAAACGUACCCGUUCUGCCUCGCUUUCACAGGCGGAAACCUAAAUCAAGUUACGAAAUGUACGGUUAGCAGAUCAACCUAAUUGCUAUUUUAAUUAGCAUUGGGUUAGUGUUUUAAAAGGUGGAUAAUUUCACGUACAGGGUGGGAGGCAGCGCCUGGCUGCACCAUUGGCCAGCACCGCGUCGUCCAAAAUUCACCCACCAGAACUCCGAAUCCUUCAUCGACAACAUCUCUCCAACACAACAUUUCACGCCUGUUUGUGGAUUUAUACAUAACUUAACAUCUCUUGUACGGAUGUUGAACUUCCUUUGCACCGCACGUGGCCAACUGUGCUAAUCGGAGGUGCGGGGGAAGGACAACAAACUAAACUCACGUGCGCGCACGCACACGCCAAUAUGAUUCUGGAAAAUAAUUAGACGUUUCUCCCCUUGGAUUUUCAUCAGAGUUUUAAUUUGGCGUGUAAGAGUGAUUGCGCCCAGAUAACAAUCCAGUAAUGCCAUAGGCAAACGAAACACUUCGAAUUUUGCCGGCCGGCCCAUCAGACCUACUUGCUGUACAGGCAGCACCUCAUCGGCCCGGUAUGUGGACGUCUCGCGCACGCAUGCUCGUGAUCCGCCCACCCCUUAUUCGCACAUCUAAUCAAAACCACGCCUAGUGUGGUUAUAUCGGUGUACGCUGUACAGCAUAGUACUUCCACGCGCUGUCAGAAAUGUCAUUGAAAGGGAGUUUGUGUGUGAAAAUAACAUGUAGUUGAUUUUAGAUACGAAUGUGGUUUUGUAUUAAAUGUUAUUUUGUCCUUUAGUUCCUGUGGCUUUUUUUAUGGAGCUAUGGGCCCACAUGCGCUCUACAACGGCGGAGAAGGCAGUGCAAGCAACAACCAUUGCUGCUUUACUUUCUGUGCUCUCCACGUCUCUGUACCCCCCUCCGCCUUCACCGACCUCCCCCACCGACCAGCGCAGCGAAGUGCUUCAAGGUGGAGGUGGAAAGCCCCUCAUCCAGCAGUGGAUUGACCAGGGCUGCGUGCGUGUACCACCUGCGCUGAGUUAACUCGACCUGCUUGGAGGCGGGCACGAGCUACCAACAUCUGGAUGCGUGCAAAGCGCUUGUUUGUGUUGUGUAGCAAGUAACUCGACAGGUUAAAAUAAUUUGUGAAUACGCUAACGUGUGAAGUACUGUAUGGGUCCUCAAACUCUCCGCUUUAUCCAAGGCUUGUUUAUACUACAAUGUCGCUCUUCCUAACUUCACAGUUGAAGCGUUUGUGCAGCACAAACAUUGCAUCAAUGCUGUAGAGGCCUCUUCACUGCUAUUGCAUUUUUAUUAGGAAUUGCAACUUGACCCAUACCUAGCGGUGAUGUGAGGACGCCGCUUUCUGCAAGCGAUAGAGCUGCUCUCUGGCUCUGCCGCGAACACGCUCUCAGCAAAUCGCGUACCUUCACGAUUUCACUUUGUAAGUGAAUGGAGGGCGCUGCAGAUAGCGGGCUCUAAAAUCUGAGGAUUGCAAUGCGUUGCCCAGUCUCCCGCUUAAUUUUCCGUCCCGCCUUGUUAUCUUUUGAGACUCUGUACAGCAACAUCUAGGCUUGCCGCCCUCUCUCUCCUCGCUGACACCCCCCUCCGCCGCUCCGUUUCAUUCUUUACCUCUGCCCUGACUCAAAACAAGACCGCGGCAUCUGGGCUAAACGCCGUUGCUCAAAACUGAGAGCGAGAGACGAGGUGCCGGGUUGGGACCGCGAGCGUCGGAGUUGCCAAGCCGCCGUUGCCUCCCGCCCUUUCCGCGGUGGAAAGCAUUUGCGGGCGCUCGGGCCAAUGGCUGGUUCUUGCACUAAGAGACCUGGUGGCUCGAAUGCAAUUGCGCAACACGUGAAAGAGCAACGCGAUCGCAAUGUAACCCUGUAAAUGUCAUUUCAAUGCGGCGUUGAUCUUUUUUUUAGACGUGCAAUUGUAAUCGACCCCCCCCCCUCCUCCCGUGUCUGCGUGUGACCGAGCGGGACAAAUGAGACACGGGUGCCCCCCCCCCCCACCUAUGGCGGACAAAGCAUUGCAGAGCCCGCUAAAACUGAAAUUCCAGCGGGCACGAACUCUGAACCGGACAGGAGGGGGUUAAAGUGAAAAAUAAUGCAAUAAAGCGUUGAGAACUGCCGUACUUGUGUAAAACACCGACACGCGCGAGUGUUGUACCCUUCGUGAAAGAUGAAAGCUAAGAAAGGGCUUGUUUGAGAAUCGGAAAGUAUACCCCCCCCCCUGCCGGCCUCCCUACCUGUGCCCCUAGGCCAGAGGUCGCAAACGGGUUUUGAUUCCUUACCCGUACCCGGCCGCACCAGGGUCGCAAAUGGGUACCCGUACCCGGCCGGGUACGGAUACCCGUUCCCUACCCAUAUCCGUACCCUACCCGAAAUGAGUGACAAACGGCUACUCACCAGUGACUUACGGCCUACCCAUACCCGCCACACCGGCCGGGUACGGGUAGCCGGGUAUCGGGUAGGGUACGGGUAUCGGGUACCCGGUUGCGACCUCUGCCGUAGGCAAACGUUCUGAGGCCCCGUAGCAUUUGUGGCUGGGUUCGACUCGCGCACGUGUGAGCCGUGCAAUGCGUCCCUCCGCUCGGUGUGGUACAAUGCAAUGCUGUCUCCGGGGUUCGAUUGUCAUCGAGAGCCGUAACUGCCACGUUUAUUUUUUUGUUCGUUUUUUUUCGCUUUACCAGGCUAUGCGCGGGUUUUGUAUAAAAUGCCUAACGUUUUGGAGCCAGUGGCUGCCACAGGUGUAAUGUUGGUAUUGCAAAGAUUAAAAUGAAGGAAUUUCAUAGUUAACCUUGCCACGACGACGACGACAUGGGAAGCGUCAAAAGUCACUGCGUCCCCAAAUUCAAAUACGUUUUGGGUGGCAGUCUAUUGGUGGCCCUGAGGCAGUGAUGGUAAUUCCACAUUCCUGUGGCGAGCAUCGGCCUUUCUGUAAGACAUACGUUUGACAUUAAGUGGUACUAAUUUUACAGACCCCAGGGAGGCAUGAUGGGCUCGGGUGAUCCCUGACCUAGAUUUGAACUCCUAGCCAGAGGCGCCAACAAAUUGGGGGCGAGGAUGGCGGUAAUUUCUGGCAAAGCACGUAUGGUACACACCUGAAAUUCGGCCAUACAUUUUCAAAUACCUGGGGUUUAUUUAAAGUUGUGUGUCAUGGGAUAAAAGCAUAAUCUAUAGCUUCUUCCAGCACCGUGAACAGCCAUAGAUGUGUGCUUUGUGGUGCGAUUGCCGAAUGUUUUUUUUGUCUCCUGGGUCCGUCGGCUGUCGUUUGUUCGGUCAUCUUAGGUGAAACCGAGUUUUUGCUGACAGCUUUCGAGUGUUUGUACUGUGACGUGAGCGGGUGAUGCGGUUUACUUACGAUGAUUUGUUUGAUGCUUCGUUUUGUUUACCCUCAAUUUAAUUUAUAUUUUUUUAAAGUCGAUAAUAUGUUCAAAUCCGCCAAAAAGUUGGCACGGAUUUGAACUAUUAAUUACCACCCCCCCCCCCCCUCCGUUGCGUUCCUUUAAUAAGAUAAUUAAACCAUUGUAAGAAGAUAACCAAGGCAGAAAUUUCCGUUGGGACCUGCUGAACUCCGAUCCGUUCGGUUUCGUUUUUUUGCCACCCAGCUUCAGCCUGAUCAGACGUGAUGCCUUUAUAACUUGGUCAGCUGCUGGAUUGUUGAGUGAGGUGAAUAAAUUUUUUAUGUUUGAGCCAGUCAAAGCAGCGUUGAUAUUCCCAAUCUCUUAAAAGCACAUCGCUUGUCCUCGUUUCCACGAAAAGAUUCGCUCGGGUUUGGAUCGAUCGUUACGGCGUUACGUGCCGAUUUCACGCUGCCGUUAAUUGUGCUUUGUCUGCCCCGUGUCAGUGCUUGCGUCCAGAUUGUUCACCCUCUCGUGCAUGGAUCGUUAAGAUGAUAACAUGAAACCGCUGCCUUGUACGGUGUGGACGAGAGGUCACUCGAAUAUCGAAGGGGUCUCGGAGGUAGCUCUGUGAUGUGUGUCUGCUUCUGCAGACACAUCUCACGACAUGUAUAUGAAAGUGUGAUUCGGUAUACAAUGGAUUUGGGAAAUAACAAAGAUGUGAAAACCCAAGCUAGUUUAUAUUGGGUGUAUUGUGAAUUUUAGUCAGGAUUGCCCCCCCCACAACCCCUUCCGUCAGAUCUGUUGAAAGUGUUUAAUCAUUCACAAACAAAUCUGGUCAUGGUCUCUGCAGUGGACUUCAUCCAUCGGCCACCUUCGAAUACCAGCAAGCGCCGCUUCACCCAGAGCUUCUGCCGUGGUAGCCGCCUUGGCCACCACUAGGCGGCAAACACGGAGUAAGAUGAUGUCCUUCAGAGGGGACUUGCACCAAAAAUAUUUGAGGCGUGUGCAGCAGUACGUAGCCAGCCAUGGCUAAUCGAAGGUGCGGGGGAAGGACAACAAACUAAAAAGUUUUCAAGAAAUUAGUUUUCAAUCUAGAAGAUUAUUUAAAAGUGCCUGGCUCACAGUGACUUCAUAAUAUCGGAAGGAAGAGCGUUCCAGACGGCCGCAGAAGCGCACCUGAAAGUGCCAAGCGAUGCGGUGACCGUCUUUGUUCGACGGUUAUCCGAAAUCCGCUGCGAGGUUGAUUGGUGGAUUGAUAAAGGACUCGCAAUUAGUGUUGCAAGUUAAAAUCCUGCUUGUAUGUAUAAUGAGCUUCUUUUGUGUCGGACGUAGCCAACCGCGCUAAUCGAAGGUGCGGGGGAGAAGGACAACAAAACUAAAGAACAACAACAACAAGCAGUUCUCACCACGCUGACUGGCGUGGGGAAAUAUUGGGGCGGGGACCGUUUAGAUUUUUAUUUUGCAUUGUUCUUUCAGAAAGCCCGAGGUGACGACAGCGGCGUCAUCGUACCGGUUUUCCGUGACGUUGCGUUCAAUCGCCGUCGGUUUUCUGUGGCAUCGCUGAGACGAGAACGUCGGCAAGUCGUAGCGGUGCACGAGAGGGUUAAUCUGGAUGUUGACUCGGCAGUUACCCUGAACGAGGGGGGGAUGAGCAAAGUGUGUGGAGGGGUUUUUUUUUCGUCUUCUGUGUUAAUUUGCAUCACUCCCGUCAUUGUGUAUACGUGUGGGGGUGUGAUUUUUUUUUUUACUAUUGAGUCGAUGUUGUGAUAUUCGUGCAGAUGACGACGAUGACACCCCGUGCGUAAAUAACCCGGCAGGUGAACGUGAACAUGACACGACAACCCCUCGCGGCCUCCCGUUCCCCCGGACCUCGAGUGGACAAAAACGAAAACGCCACCUCGUGAAUUUUUUGUGAGCGAGCUACUGACCAUCUCUCCCGUUGCGUUUUCCGGUCGAUGUCCCGACUUUCCACUGCGCCUGCCUGGCAGCUUACCUUAGCGAGGUGUUAACUACCUCGCCUGGUAUGCAGGAGGUCUUGGGUUCGGUCCUGACCCUGAGGCCUGCUGUUUAUUUGGAGUGUUCGUGUAGAUUUUUCUCCGGGUCUUCAGGGUUUUCCCUACACAUUUCACAUCGACAUCACGUGUUUUACAGUAUUUGGCUGCUCUCAAUGUCCACGUGAUAAGCCACUCUGUUGAGCUAUCUUUUGUGGCUGGGUCGCUUCUGAAAGAUAUCUAUAUAGCUCAGUGGGCCUCACCUGGUAAAAUACAAAAAAUGUAAUAGAAAUCAAUAGUUUAGAAAGUGAAAUCAGUUUCAUUCUCAUGUAUGUUGAACUUCUUUCGCACGGGACGCAGCCGACCGUGUUAAUUCAGUUCCAUUCAGCCCAUGGCUGUUUUGCAGGCUGAGUGGGUAAAAGUAAGUUUAAAGCGUAUUAAUUGAAUCAUUUGGGUACUGAAUUCAGAAGCGCGCAAUCUAAGGAUAAAAUUUUGCCUUGCAAAUUCGAAUUGCUGUGAAGCUCCCGGCAAAUGGGGCGAAACGUCAGACAUCGUACUGAACAACACGCGGUACACCCUAAAAACGCAUCGGGAGAGCUGAAUUUCUUUCUAAUUUUCAUUGUCACAAAAACCUUCCGACUAUUCAAGGCAUGGUGCUAAAUGUACAUUUAAGAUACAAAAAAAAGAACGCUUCCAAGAAUACACCGCAGCCGUUCUUUAUACACCCUGGCGAACGCCGUGCGGUCCGCUUGCUGUUCAGCAGCUGUAGAUUGGGCGGGUAACGGGGAGUCGAACCGAUCCAUUCCUCGCCGACACCGACCUUGACGGGAGACCGCGCGGGGACUGUCGUAGCAACGAUUGCGAGCCCUCGUUUUUUUUUUUCUGGCUCGCUUUUCUUUUUUGUUGUUAUAUUUCGUUUUUUGUUGAUGCGUUUAUUGGUUUCGAAGAUGUGAACGAGCCGAGGCUUUAUUCUUUUUUUGAACAGCCAGAGCCUCGAAUAAAGCCGAGUGAUUUCACUGA